AUGAUGGGUGAGAUGGAGCAGAAAUCGUAUUUGGAGGUUGCUAAGAUUGGAGGGAGAUCUACAGUUCAUUUAUCUGUUUUCCUUGAUAAGAAUGGAGUGUUUGGAAUGGAUGUGGCAUCUUGUUUGGUUAGGUGUGAAGAUCAGCAAAGAAGUUUGGUGGGGAGAUUCAACGUAGUUAAUUCAAAAGCACCCACGAACGAGAAAUUUAUUCGUUGGGCAAAUUCCAACUGGGGGUUAGUUGGCCAGAUAUUUAUUUCAAUGGUCAACUCACUUUUCAUGUUUGUUUUUCAAUCGGUAAAGGAAGCAAAGAGGAUUUUGCAUAUGCAAGAUUGGUUUUUGGCGUGUAGCCCAUUACAUCUUGAUAGUUGGGUGCAGUGGGUAGGAUUGGAGAAAGCAUCUAGUAAAGGUGUGCUAACUUAG